GCAGCAACGAGCCCAUAUGCUGAUCCGCCUGUCCUCGGCCAGGCGAGCAUGCUCGACGCCAAGGAAGUUGUUCGACGCUGUAACCGGUGCAAAUUCCUGAAGAACAAGGAGAAAUGGCUCCGCCGAUUGGUGUAUCGUGACGGUGAUGUGCAGAACACGUGGCUUUGCGAAGCACCGAUGACCCAGGCUUGGGGCCUAGGCUGCCGGCUUUGCCGAGCGAAAUGCGCAACACCGGAGCAAUCGUCUUCGCCCUUCGUGCGCCUGACGAAGGGAGCCGUCUGCAGGGAAGUGCCUCUUACUCGUUUCGGAGAUGUCCUUCAGCUUCAAGAUUUGAAGCGCCACGAGGAAACCGACCUCCACAUCAACAGCCUCGUGGUCGAGCAGCCCUUGGAGACCGUCUCUGCGAAGGCCGAUGCCACGGUUCCGACACCCGGCCAGGUUCACUUGGCCAUUCAGGUCCUCAGGGAGCCCCACAGCGGGCAGUCCGUCGGCUAUGCGUCGCGGUCCGAGCUGGCGAAUCGGUCGGACCCGGGAAAUUUUCCUCUGGGGCGUUCGUCCCCGUGCGAGCACGCCAAGAUCGUUUCGGCGGUGGCGAGCGUCUACACGGUGGACGGCGAGCGGGCAGAGGGAUUAGCAGGCCGCUUUGCGGCAGCAGGGGGCUCGGCUGCUUUAACUCACUUGGCGGGGCAACUGCUUCAUGGGUUUGCCCCGGAGGUGUUGUCGCCCUCCAACAUCAGACUUCUUGCCCUCGCCACCGAGUGGCUCACGAUGGCGAGCCACUUCGUGCACGAGUACGAUGGGGGAAGCACAAAAGAAGGUGCAGAGCCUGCCCAAAGCUCUGCCGUCGCCAAUGUUGCCCGUUGCUCGCGCCUUACGCUGGCCCUUGAGCAGGACCGCACCGGGCUUUUCAGUUCUUCUUCAGCACGGGACUUCCAAUCUUAA